UUUCGACGAGCAAGUGAAGGCAUCACUAUCCUAGCCCGGGGUUGAACGGCGUCACGUCACAGUUGGGUAAACUGGUACCCGCUAGCUGACCGUUCUCCACCUCCUCCAGGGCCUGGAUCAUGUGUGACAAUAACCCUUAACGCGACGAUUUCAGCGAAAAAUAAAUUUUGCCUCGCUUUUGUUGUCGUUUUGAAAUCGGAGGAAGGAAAAUGGCGCUGUACGCGGGUGCCACCAACACAAUGUCCACUUCUGCAGCGGCGUCGACUGUUUUGGUAAUGUUAGCCGUCGUCCUCUGCUUUUCUCCGGCGGGGGCCAACGAGGACUGCCUGUGGUACGUCGACAAGAACGGUACAUGGCACAAUGGCUUUGACUGCCCCCUCAUCACCUUCUGCUGUGGCAACUGCCAGCGGCGUCACUGCUGCCUGGACGCCUUCAAGAUGAUCACGGAACGCGAACAGAAGCGCUGCAUGCUCUUCCAGUUCAGCCCCACCACGUUAGCUGGCAUUGCUUCGUCCAUCCUGCUCUUUGUGGCCAUCAUUGCCACGAUGGUGUGCUGCUUCAUGUGCUCCUGCUGUUACCUCUACCAGCGAAGGCUGCAACGGGGAAGGACCCCUUAUGACCCCCAGCACAUCCCGAUGGCCAGCUACCCUGUGGAGCCACUCUAUGAUGCUUAUGGAAAACCACUGGGACCAUCUGAGUACGCACAUGCAGGCUAUCCGAUGGCGCCCCAGUACCCCAUGAUGCAGCCUGGACUGUAUCCACCGCCGCCUAUGGAUCCUGUAUACAGCCAGGCCCCUCCUCCGUACUCUCCACCCCAGUAUCCUGGUCAUUGAUUUGCUUGUCUGAAAACACACGUACACAACGCGCACCUUUUACAUCCAUACAUGCACAGUGGUAACAACAGAGAGAAAGGACUGUUUUUAAUACACACCUCAUCAAAUAAAUGCUUCGGAGUGAUUAACCAGCAAAGAUUUUUAAAAAAAGGAUUAUUCGCGGGUUAUUUUUUUAAUGUCUUAACAUCUUUUCCACUCAAUGUCCUCCAUUUGUCAAAUGAAAUAGUAUUUGGGCAGGUUUUGCACAAGGUGUGGCACCACUCCCAAAUUGCGAGGUGGGGGGGGAGAUGGUGUGCGUCUCGACACUGUGACUCGCAUGAAGUGAUCAGAAGCCUUUCUCAAGGCAGGCAUGGUCAGCCAUUUUGAAAAAGUGAAAAGCUGAAUGUGAAACAGAAGGACGACUUCUCUGUACGGUCCUCCCUCGCUACAGCGCCGUUCCAGCAUUGCUCCUUUGCUCUAUUGCCUUUUUGUUUCGUGGUUGACUUUUGCCUAUUGUUAGUCAAAAAAACAUUGAAAGACAUGUUAUGUCGUAUUCUGGUCUCUAGGCGUCAGUAAUGUUACGCUGAUAAAACACAGAUUACAUUACCCUAACACUCCAUGGAGUCAGCUUAUACAUGUCCGCCAUGACAUAGUGAGACAAAGUUCUCCUGCUUCUUAACCUUCCUCUUGUGUUAGCUUUCUGGUAUCAUCUCUUAUGUUAAACGGGUGGGUUUUGACCCAUGCAUUAAAUCAGCUAUAAAAUACACCAAAAACAAGAAGUUACCAUCAAAUUUGCUUCUCAUGUCUUGGUUACCUUCUUACGCUUCCUCACCCAUGAAAAUGUUGGUUUUAAUACUUUUGGUGUGGGAAUGGAGGCCUUUUUUUGUCACUAUACCCCUCCAUUUCAAUUUACAAAAAUGGUAAAAUGAACCUCAAAAGAAUCAUAUACAUAAAUUUAAGGUUCUUUUGUUUCCUGGCUAUUACUAAGGGAUAUAGAACAUAUCUCUUAAAUCAAUUAGUUUUAUUUAUUUUCUCAUUUUAGUAUUAAUCACGAAAGAAACAUCUAUGGUGUUCGGGUCAAUUUUGAUCCAUAUAUAUUAAUGUCAAGAAAAGGUAGAAAAAGUUAUUGUUUUCAGCAACAGAACUUUAGUAUAAACUGAAAUCAAAAAGCAGAACAGGCAUUUUAAAAUUUAAUUAAAAUAAUUUUUUGGGUUUUAUUGUGUUGAAAUAGAGUUUCCUGACAAAGUCAAUAAGCCUUGAUGAAAUAAGCAAAUAUUAUGUGAUUCUUUUUAUGCAUUAAAAUGUAAAACGGGUCGGUGCCGGCCCUAACACAAGAGGAGGGUUAAUCGUCCUACUUCCCUACUCAGUUUGAAACCAGUGUAGAUCAAAUAAAUUAGCUUGUUAUGAGCGGCUACAUGCCUCAUAUGCCCUUGCAGUGAUCCCUUAGCCUGCUCAUUAGCAAUGUAGUAUAAACAAAGAAUAAUAACAGUGUGAAGGAGACUAUAGGGGUGUUAUUUCAUGUCUACAGGGCUCUAAUGGUAAAAAAAAAUGUGAACAUCACAAAUUGUUUUUUAUGCUCUACGAAAAUAUUCCAUUUAUUAAUGUUGAAUCCUACUUUGUGGAAAUCCACUUAUCCAUUUAACCUCAAUUAACGAAGGACGACUGUACCUCCAUCACACUGCACAAGAAAUGUUUGGAUGACACGAGUCAGCCCAAAAAUGAACGUCACAUGUUCCAAACACAGGCUAAAUAUUUGGAUCACUACUGAGUACAGGGUAUGUAUGUUGUCAUAUUCCAUGUUAUUUACUAUUACAUUUCUGCUCAUCCAAAAUAUGUAUGCUAUUUAUUUCUGGUAUUAUUUCACAGUAAAUGUGUCUGUUUUGAGAAAGUGCUGACUUAUAGUGAACCCUCCUGGUGGAUGAUGAUAUAACGUGUGACCUUUUAAGGUCAGGAUGUGUUAAGUUGACUCAUUUGGACAUCAACGCUGCUUUUUUUUUGUUUUUGUGGCAGGAAAAUGUGUAGUUUAUGUUGGAUUGAAAGGUACCCCGGAGUAGUACUAGGGCCACACUGAAAAGAAAACAUAAAGCCACAAUAAAGUGGUAGUACAAGUGUCAUUUGUACUAGAUAAAACAAAUAUUGCAAGAAAAAAAUAGCGAUGAUAAAGUCAUAAUAUUGGAAUUUUUUUUUCAUUAGAAAUAAUUAUUUUUUAAAUUAUUAGAAAAUGAUGUAACAAUAUGAAAUUUAAAAUGUGUGAAUUUCACUUUAGGAAAAUUUAGGAAAAUGUUACAAGAAAAAUGAAACUUAAGUUGAGAAAAAUGUUGUUUCACAAAAAUCUAUCUGUGUUAUGAUGACUAUUUUUUUUUCCAGUGUGGCCCUACUACUCCAUUGACACUCCAUUGUUGAUGCUGCUUGUAAUAACGCUCCAUGAAUUGUGGUACUUUUCCAAUUCUCGUGUUAGUCGAAACAAAGUAUUACUUUGCAUCAUUUUGUUGAUUGAAGGUUAGUCGUAGUUAGCUGCACCACCGUCAGCAUGCCACUUAGUCACUUUUAUAUUGUUUGAAAAUGAAGUGGAACUACAUUUGAUUCAAUAAUGUGAACGUUAGCGUGAUGUUGAUUUUAUUUUUAUUUUUUUUGUGGAACAUAUCAGGUGAGGAAAGUUGCCACUCAUGCUGCUUGAUUUAAAUGUGCAUCCCGACUGACCCUAACCAUCAAAACAAAUUAACUAGGUAAAUACUCAUUGUCUGGUUUGUGGUGUUUUAACAGUUUAUUUGACAUGAAGCUACAGCUAGAGCUCCCUAGCCUAGCCUAGACGAGCACAUUGACUGGACUUUUUAAUUUGGAAGUUAACAGCAAAUAAUUACGGCAAUAUCCGUGUGUGGAGUUACUGAGCCAUUCCAAAGCACAUUGGAAACACUGGAUUUUAAAAAAUGCUUUCAUGUGUACGUGACUUGACAUUUCUUUUUUUGUUCAUCAUGUGUGUGUGUGUUAUAAAACUUAUGUACACUGGAAAAACUAAAACAGCUUUAUUGUCUAUUACACCGAAGAAGGUAUGACAUUGUAAUAUAACAUGAGUGAAGAGUUUUUAUUUAUGAUGACAUAAAAAUUUAACUUUGGAAUGUAAAAA